UAGUCAGUGUUACUCGAAACGCCGGCGCGUGCGGACAUUGCGACCUCGCUCACAAAUUACAUCACACGUGUUUUUGUGAGUAAAUAAUCGGAGUAUACCAAUUCGUGUCAAUUAACUGGAACUGUGUUGUGUGUGAGUGUCUGUCACAUUGGAUUGUUGGAGCAACUUGUUUCCAAAUUAGUUCCAGCACAGUUCGGUAUGCCGAGUCGGUUUUGUUUAUUUUGAUGACGCCAGAAAAUUACGACGAAAUCUUAAAACUCGAGUACUAAGCAGUAUUAAUCCAGUGAUAUAGAAAAGUGUGUGUUACAAUAUUAAAUGGACUUAAGUGUUUAAAACAUUUACACUAACUGUUACAAUGUGUUUCAAAAGUAGUGGGUGAAUUGGAGAAAAUGAUAGUGAGGUGACAUUGGGAUCGGCCAUUUGGGCUGAAGUGAUUGACUUUCGGAAACAUUCCUCUAUUAAAAAUUCUAAGCCAGGGCCCGCAGGAUAAAAGCAAGGAUAUUUGCAAAAUGACCAAGGGCCCUCGCAAAGUGAAGCUAGUCAUUGUAGUUAACAAUAAGAAAGACCCCCCCACAUUCAAGACCCUCACGCCGACAUCACGUACACAGCUCAAGCAGCAGUUGAUGCGAGAGCAUGCGCAGGAGCAGCUGCGCAGAGAGUCAUUACAGGCACAACAAGCAGGACAAUCCAAAGACAAUGAAGAGAAAAAGAAGUCUACACCAACAGACGUGCCGCGCAUUGCGCCGCAUGUCGAACUACCCCCACAGGUUUUACAGGUGCGGACAGUUCUGGAGAACCCCACCAGGUAUCACGUGAUCCAGAAACAGAAGAGCCAGGUGCGGCAGUACCUCAGUGAGUCAUUUCAACCACAGACACAGCCAGUAGCAGCUCGUGGUGCUCCGGUGCAGUCAGCGCCCGAAUUGGGUACACAGCCGCCACCCUCCCCAGACAGAGGCUCCACCUCCAGUCUACUCAGCCCUGGAAUCUGUUCUGUAGGCACCAACAACUCGGAGGCGGACGAGUUCCUGGAGGAUAUCCUGUCGCUGGACGGCGCGGGCGCAUCGUCAGGCCCGCCGUCGGCCGCCAGCUCGGUGGCCGGCGACUGCGGCCCUCUCUCGGAUGCGGACAUGCACGCGCUGGCCAAGGACCGUCAGAAGAAGGACAACCACAAUAUGAUCGAGCGCCGUCGCCGGUUCAACAUAAACGAUCGGAUAAAAGAGCUGGGGACGCUGCUCCCCAAAUCGACGGAUCCAUUUUACGAGGUGAUCAGGGACGUGCGGCCGAACAAGGGCACGAUAUUGAAGAGCAGUGUGGACUACAUCAAGUGCCUGAGGGAUGAAGUGAACAGGCUCAAACAGAGUGAGCAGCGGCGGAAACAGAUCGAGCUGCACAAUAGGAAACUCAUGCUCAGGAUACAGGAGCUAGAGAGACUAGCGCGGCUGCACGGGCUGUCGGUGCCGAGCGGAGGGGUCGGCCAGGGAACCGACGGCUGGGGCUCCCCGCACGCGGACGACUCCGGUAUUGAAACUGCCGGCUCUGAAUCCCACGCGUCGCCUGUUCGGAAUAUGCCUGAGGUGGUGCUACCAAAAACAGAGCCGUCGCCCCUGAUGGAGCUGAGCGAGCAGCCGGCGGGCCUGAUGCGAGAUAUGCCCUCAACAGAAUGUCUCACAGCGCUCGACGCGUUAGACGGUUUGAAGCUGGGCUCGUGCUCGCCGCUGAGCCGCGACGAGGGCUUGUCCCUGAGCUGCCUGGAGCCGGAUCUCUGCCUGGAACCAGUGGCUGAUCACCUAUUUAGUCAUAAGGAUAUAAAGAUGCGUAUGUCGCCGUCGCCGGGGCUGCUGGGCGGCGAGGACAGCGAGGCGGUGCUCAACCUGGCGCAGAUCGAGGACCUCAUGGACGACGACUCGCACAACCCUGUCACGCAAGGCGACCCGAUGCUGUGCUCGUCGCCGACGGCGGCGCUGUGCCUCAGCGACGUGGUGGCGGGCGCGCUGCUCGGCGACGAGCACGCGCCCUACACGCACGCGGACGGUUCAUCAUCUCUAAUGUCGGAGUCGAUGGGUCUAGGCGGUGCUCUGUCUUUGGGCGAGUCGUGUUUACCAACAUUACUGCUAGGUGGACCUCACCAUCACGCACCUCAUUCGCCCCACUCCCACCCUCGUCAGCCCUGCUUCGACAUGGAUCUGGGGGCUUAGCAUAUGUACACCAAGUUUGAAGGUACUCAAAUGAUACCUCUGAAGGAAAGGAACGCUUCGUCUUUAACGCCAUCUAGUAGAAAAGCAAUGUGACUUUUCCGCGACAUCUAUCGAACGUAGUAGGAAUUUGUAGUUAAUUUUGUUACGAACACUGUUUUCGACUUCCACUUGUGUCAUUUCUUGUUUUUAAUGUUGUUUAAGUCAUCCCGAAUUAUUUAUUGUUACUUACUUAUUUAAAUAAAGAAAUUAAAACAAUUAUUUAGUAUUUCGAAAACUAAAUAGAUGGCGUUACAUUCUAUAGUGUAAUGUGAGUAUAAUGUCAAAAGAUGGCGCUGUAUAAGAAAAUAUAAACGAAAGGUAGCUUUCCCUUCCUGAAUACCUAACUAAUAAUAGAUCUCUACAAUUUGUCUGGAUUUUAAAAGACGUAUAAAUUAUGAUGUGAGAAUGGAUGUACUUUCGAAUAAGUGUCUCAUGUGAUGUUAAGUGUGCGUCGACCUCAACGUAUGGGGUUCCACACCCUCUAUAUUACGCACACAUAGGUAUAAAGGAUUAUGUCUCAAACAAAUGUACAAAAUUAAUAUUAAUAUUUUUAUAAUAACUUAACUCGGCUUUUAAACUUGCCUUUUUAAUGAUAGUCAUAU